AUGCUGUUGUCUCCAAUCCCAUCGAGAGGGCUUGUUGCCCAUCGCUUCUUCAUCUUGAUUGCGAGUAUUGCAGAGUUCGCACCACUCUGCUCCUGUGAAUCUGACUUUCUCUAUGAUGUGCGGAUCUCUCUCUCCCCCGGCGUGAGCGCUGACGUGCUGCCGGAUGGAGAGCUGCUGGGGCGGUUGUCUGUGAAGGAGUACAUACGGCAGGUAGACGAACGCCCUAUUAAUCCAAAAGACUACUUCUCAUCUGGCCCCACUGGAGCUAUUCCAACAGGGAGAGACGGUCCCAUCCACGAGGUGCGUGCGCACUGGAUGUCCUUUUCGGACGGAGUUCUGUCGUCCGCUGUACAGACAGCCCAACGUUAUCAAGAUGCGUUGCCAGCUGGCGCGCCCCAUGAAAGUAACCUCCCCAGCACGUACCCACUUCUCUCUUUGCGUCUGAUUCCGGCCGUUGUCAAAGGAGGAAAUGCUCAGCAGACCAAUAAGAGCCUUCCUCCUUCACUCGAGGCGUCCGUACCCGUUUCGUUUGUGUCCUUGUCCCCGGCUCCUGGAGACAGGUUCUCCUCGACGAGUGUCUGUGGGGCGUCCCCUCCCUUCCUGCUUUCCCUCCAUCUUUCUCCUUCCUUCGUUCCUUUUUCAGCAUCUAUUCAACGCCUCCAGGGCGGCGACAGCUGGCGGACGCGCCUGAACGCCCCGCCGGCAGGCACACACCGCGCUCCGGAGCGACGCGUGAUGCUUACAUGCCCAGAGUCUCCAGGUUCUCAAGAGGAGCGCGAUUCCGGCCGUACUCGAGUUCCUGCACUCCAGGUUGUGUUGCCGCCGUCGAAUGUUCCAGCGGCUGUGCCUGUUGUUCCCGCGUUUUUCCCUGGCGAGACGCACCAGCGGCUUGCCUCCGUGGGUGGCGCAGCUGGCCGCGACGGUGGCGGCGAGAGUCAGGAGGAGGAGCAGCCAUCUUUCUGGAGACGUAACUGGUGGAUCAUCGUGGGAGUUCUAGUCAUGGCAACGAUUAUGGGAGGAGAUGGCGGAAGCGCAGCACCCCAGACGCAGGAAGGUGCCCAGGGACAUUCUCCCUCAGGUGCGCAUCCGCGAGCGCGGGAAGGAUCCGACAGAAGAAGGUAG